GUCUCCGUUGAAUCCAAUGGGGUUGCUGUGUCCAUUUCUGUUUUACUGUCUAUGGUAAUAAGAGGAUAUCAAAGAACAUUAAUGAUAAAACACGGAUAUUUUCCACAUCGGAAGAAGUAGUAUAGGUUUUUUGUUCGAGAUGAGUAAUCGAGAGGCUCGUGGAGUGUCAUCAACAUCAGCCUGAGGGAAGUUUGUAACUAAUAUAAUAAAUAGAAACAUCGAGAUGUAAGUGUUAUUCCUGUGCAGAACGCAUCGGUUGGGUCUUUAUUUAGAUUGGUCAGUGUUUGUCUUGUAUAGGUUUGUUAUUUACAUGUCUGCAGAGCACUUAUGAGAGAGAGACUGUGUGAGUGAGUGUUAAAAGAAAAGAAGAAAUCUGAUUGGUUAGCUGUGUUCCGUCCACCAAUCAGGAUGACUCAGAUGUGCUGUCAGUGGUGACACGCUACUGUGAUGUCAGCAGAGGGGGUGUGGCUUUGAGGACGACUCCCUCUGCAUCUUGAGUCCCUUCUGUGUCCUGUACCUGUGUGACGGAGACCACGACCAAAGAUCGGACAGUCAGGGUGACGGAUCAGUGUCAUCAUCCUUCAUCCUGCUUCAUCAUCCUUCAUCCUCUUUCAUCAUCCUUCAUCCGGCUGCAGAAUGACCCGCUUGGAUCCGCCUCUGAACCGGGCGAGCCCCCGUGACUGGACCGAGGUGUCUCAGAAGUGAAGUUUUUCUCACGGCAUCAUGAAGGAACAGAGGGAACAGGACAGUGGAUAUUUCUCUUUGGGGAGGUCUGCGGUCAGGAGAGCUUUCCCUGAUCAAAGCCCUUCUGCUCCCUAUCGGCAUUUAGAGAGAGGGCAUCCCCUGCCUAGCAACAAAAGUCCCGAACCCAAAGCCACCAUUCCAUUUCGGAACCCGGAUCUGGGCGUCCCUUCAGAAAGGAGAACCUCUGAGUUUCAGAAUGCAGCGCAGCUUGCGAAAAACAAUCCUCCGCAGUAUCCUCCAGAAGAGCUGGAUCUAAGCCUGGAGGAUAAGGCCCUCGCAGGACCCCGGGCCCUGAGUUACACACCUAUCAACCAAGAUGAAUCUUUCUGGGCCUCCAGUCGAAAAGAUGGACGAAAUGCCCACACGUCUCCCUUGUGGCAAUCGGGAACGCUCAACUCUUCCCAAAGAGGUUCUGGCCUCUCCCGUUCCUCCUCUCCCUCUCGUAGUACCUCUGUGUUCAGACGGGGCGAGUCCGAUCAGGAUCAAGCAUCGGUCAGCCUGGCACACAACAGAUACUCUGGAAACCUCCGAUCAUUUGCAAGCACUGUGGGCAGCAUCAGUAGCAUCAAUAAGUCUCAGUCGUACAUGGAUCUGAGAGGCACUUUACAGGAACCCGAGACCAACAGCUCCUUCAUUGGGUCUACAGAGAACCAUGGGAGCUCGUCCCCUUCCAGACGGAGUUAUGACAGUCCUGCUGUUAGGAAAACUGAAGCUAAAAGCCCUUCCUAUGAGCAUGGUCAUGACAGAGAGGGUCUCUCUUCCUCCUCCUUGAAGAGCCGCUAUGAUUCCAGAAGCCAGUCCCAUGUGGGGAGGCUGGAGACCAAUGUCUCAUCAAAUCAGACUCAAGAGAGUCGACGAAGUGCGUCUCCAGUCAGAAAGGGCUAUGGAGCACCAAACCAAUCAGAUAGACAAUCCAUAUCUAAUGGAUGGAGUUAUGACAGAAAAAGCCCCUCCCCAUCCAGAAGAAGCUAUGAAAUGCAAAGCCAAGCCACAGUGAAGAAACCAGAGGCCAGGAGCUCCCUUCACAGCUACAGCCGAGACAGCCGACACUCUUCCCCAAAUAGAGGACCUCACCAAAACCCUGGUCCAUCAUCCCUUCAUAAGUCCAAAACAAGCCCGUCAUCAUACAACCGUGGUCCAGAGAGCUGCAGUCCCUCCCCCUUAGCUCAGAGCCAAUCUCCUCCUCGCAAGUCAGAGAGUGGGUGGAGCUCCACUGUGUCCGCAUUGAUGCGUGAGAUUGCAGACCACGCCUCUUUGAGGAACACUAUGAGUGACAGAACUGGCUCCACCUCUUAUCUUAGAAAAACCCUUAGUGGCCAAUCACAGCAGGAAUCAAACCCUUCAUCAGGCCGCUGGAGAGGCUCCUCCCACUCCCUCCACAGCCAAUCAGUCUCAAAUAACUGCUUCCCAUCACACCACAGCAGAGAAGAGAAACAAAUCAGCUCCUUUACCAGAUCUGCCUCUGAUUCCAGGGAAACACCUCAAGACAGAAACAAGGGGAGCAGCGUUAGACAGAACCCAGAGGUAAAAAGCUCCAUGUCCAACCACCUACGAGCACAGAGACCACACAGAAGCUCCUCCCCUCCGGUCCAAAGACACACCUCCUCUCACAGCUCUGUGGACUCUGAGUCAGGUCAUCUCUCAGCCGGGUCACUGGGUCACGACCCGAGGGAAGAUUCCAUGAUGACUGACCUGCCCAAGGUCAAAGCGGUCUUCCAGAGGGAGGAUCCGAGUCACCUGAGGAAGACUGAGAGCAGACAGAAACAAGAACUUCCCCGCUACAAACCGGCAAGUCACUCCCAGAGUAAAGCUCCUCACUGGGAAUGAGACAAACCAGAGGAUGGAAGAGACAGUGGUACACUAUCAAGGGCUCACUCGUCCAGCUCCCUACACACACAGAGAGCCAGCAGUCAGACUCGGUGCAGCAGAUCAUCAGGACUGAAGCAGGUGAUGUAAUGCCUCUGUCUGCAUGUGGAGGCGCUGUGGGCUGAGUGUGGCUCACUGCAGCGAGGAACGGACUGAUGAAGAACCAACAUAACAGGCACGUCAUGACCUCAUGACACGCACCUUUAAAGAGACCAUUCACUCAUAGUUAAAUCUCUCGACUACAUCUACUCACCAAAUUGAUGUACCAAACCAUGACUUUCUUUCUUCCACACAGCACAAAAGGAGAUUUUAGGCCGAAUGACAGCUGUAUAGGGAUGAGUAUCAAUCCUCACAUAAACAUCAAACUUAAAGUGCAUUGUUAAUUAUUCAUUUUAUUAACUUAGCAAGGAAUUUGGUGCAUCAGAUAAGUUUCUAAGUAGAAAGAUAGACGUAAUAUUAGCGAAUAAUUGUGUAGGACUGAACUAUUUCUCCUGGCAGACAGCAUUCAUUCACAGUGCAGUGUUGGUUAUCACGGUUAGAGACUUUAUAUUGGGUCAGAUAUACUGAGCAGUAUAGUGUACAUGUAAUAUUUAUUUUAAUUAGGCUGUGCUAGGAAAGUUAUUUAAACUGGUUGUUAAAAGCUGUGUUCUGUAAUUGCUGUUAAUAAAUCUAUCAGAAAAACA